CACAAAAAAAAAAAACCCAGCCGCGGUCGCAGAGCGUCUCGCUGAAGCGGGCGGAGAGGCGCUGGGCUGCUCCGGAAGCAAAAGUUAGUUCCCGCCUUCCGAAAUGAAAAAAUUCUUUCCGGAGCAAUUGCAAAUGACCGCCCAAAGCCACUAUUAGGGUUUCUUUGUCUCCAUAUCUCCUGCCUCUCUCUCUCUCUCUCUCUCUCUCUCGAAUUCUCUACCUCCAGCUGAUUCGCCGGGAUUUUAGUAAGAAACCCUCGUUCUCUCCAAACCCAAGGCAAUGGCGGGGCAAUCCAACCCAGAUCUGUCCGUCUUCUCGGCUCCGGAGGUGGAGUUUCUCGCAGAAGAUGAAAUGGUGGAGAUUGUCCCUAACAUCAGAAUGGAAGCUCUGAACAUGAUCUGCGGUGAUUACGGCCCAUUCUUCCCACAAAUUGCUAGCAAAGUACCACUAUGGCUUGCCGUCGCUCUGAAGAAACGUGGCAAAUGCACCAUUCGCACACCAGAAUGGAUGUCAGUUGAGAGGUUGACACAGGUGCUGGAGGCGGAACGAGAGUCCCCUAGGGAAUUCCAGCCACUGCCAUUCCAUUAUGUAGAAAUCUCAAGACUUCUAUUUGACCAUGCUCAUGAUGACAUCCCGGAUUUAUAUAUGGCAAGAUCUUUGAUUGAGGAUAUAAGAGAUGUGAGAUUUCACAAGGUUGAGACUGGUUUAGAGACAAUAUCCGGUCGCACACAUGCAGUGAAGCUCAAAAAUCUUUCUGCAAUGGAAGUGAAUAUAGUGCGCCCAUUCAUGGUUAGAGCCUUGCAAGCUUUCUAUAAGCACGAUAGCCCGCAUUUGAUUCAGCAACCACGGGCAAUGGGGAGCAGACAACCACAAGUGGUAGAUCGUGGCCCACGACGAGAUCUUCGGCCUAGGUAGAUUUGCAAGCUUUGCAAGUUUUCUGUUGACCAUUGAUAGGCUUCCAUCCAGCUGAACAUCUUUAUCAAGAAAAUAAAAUGCACAUACGUCAGUGGGAGAAGUUUAUUUUCCCUUGGACUUAUCAAAGCUAUCAGGAACUUAUUCACUGUGUUGGCCUUAUUGAACUUUAAAUUGCAAACAAUUUUUGUCUUACACUUUUGGAAUUAUACUUGUUAUUUUGUUGCACUUUGUUAACGGAAGAAGGUGCAUAUGCCAACUUUCUUGUUAUUAUUGUUGUUCUUGUUCUUUUUUCCGGGCGUGCAUCAGUAUCAUUGCAUAGAUGGAAUGUGAUAUGUAAAUAUGUUGCUCAAGUAUAAUCUUCUUCAUGCCAAGAUCUUUAUAUGCUGUACCGAACAUCUAAUUUUUUUAGAUUCAUGUUAAUACUAACUGAAAUCAAAUUCCGGCCUUC